AUCAGCCCGGGGGGCGGCGCAGAGAGCUACCUGGCUUCCUCAGAGAGAGAGAGAGAGAGAGAGAGAGAGAGAGAGAGAGAGAGAGAGAGAGAGAGAGAGAGAGAGAGAGAGAGAGAGAGAGAGAGUUUGAGAAGUGCUCUGGACUUCCUGGUACGGGACCAUGGACGCUUCGUGCUCCACUUUACCCGGAGAACUACCUGCAGCGAUGUGAUCGAGCCAAAGGGACCGAGUGGAGAGCAAAGGUCAUGAGUGCCUCUCGGAGAGACCCAGUGGAGAAUAACCUCACCUGUCCAAAGCCCCGCCCUACCUGGGCCUCUACCUGCCCCCCACUCCUGGACUCCCAACCAUGACUUGUCCAUCGUAGACCAGAGGCGGCCGUUCGAAGAGCAGGUGGAGCGCUGCAGGAAACCCGGCUUUUAAAAUUAUUGUUAUUAUUAUUAUUAUGGGAUGGAGAGAGACAACGCCAGCCGAGAGGAUCUGAGGAUACCCGAGAGCCGGGAGAGUUUGUGAGCAUGUUUUAAGAAAAGAAGAAGAAGACGAAGAAAAAUACCUCCAAAAAGAAGAUUUACAGAAAAACUCCCGGAGAAGCACCACCCAGAGUCUCAGGGGAGGGGGGGGGAGGGGGGGUCAACAUGUGGAUUAGGGGAUGAGUCCGCUGAGAGGGCGAGAAUGGGCCGCCCUGUGCCGCGUCCGGCUGCUGCCUCGCCGUGAGCAUGCAGGUCCUCCAGAUCGUCAAGGAGCUGGUGUCGCCGUCCAGACGCAGGGCAGCGGCCAGGUUUGGAGCGUCUGAUCAGGAUGCGGCGGUGAAACUCGACCAGGAGCGGGCCGAGAUCGUCGCCAAAUAUGACAAGGGGAAGGAGGCCACCGUGGAGCCCUGGGAGGACACCAACUUCCACCUCUACAAAGUCGUCGAUCGCUUCGGCUUCGUUCAUAAGAACGAACUUCCAUCCUACGACUCGGUGGAGGAGAAGCAUAAACACGUGGAGCUGGAGAGGACGACAAAAUGGCUGAAGAUGCUGAAGAGUUGGGACAAAUACAAGAACAGCGACAAGCUGGUCCGGAGGGUCUACAAGGGAAUCCCCCUGCAGCUCCGGGGGGAGGUGUGGUGUCUGCUGCUCGAUAUCCCCAAAAUAAAGGAGGAGAAGAAAGACUUCUACGAGAAACUGAAGGCCAGAGCCAGAGGCGUCUCCCCGGACGUCCGUCAGAUCGACCUGGACGUGAACCGGACCUACAGGGACCACAUCAUGUUCAUGACCCGCUACGACGUCAAGCAGCAGGCUCUCUUCCACGUCCUCACAGCCUACUCCAUGUACAACACGGAGGUGGGCUACUGCCAGGGCAUGAGUCAGAUCACAGCUCUGCUGCUCAUCUACAUGAACGAGGAGGACGCCUUCUGGGCUCUGGUCAAGCUGCUGUCCGGGCAGAAGCACGCCAUGCACGGGUUUUUCGUCCCCGGCUUCCCGAAGCUGAUGCGCUUCCAGGAGCACCACGACCGCAUCCUCAGGAAGACGAUGCCCAAACUGAAGCACCACCUGGACGGCCAGGAGGUGUUGACCAGCCUCUACACCAUGAAGUGGUUCUUCCAGUGCUUCCUGGACAGAACUCCCUUCACUCUCACCCUCAGGAUCUGGGACAUCUACAUCUUUGAGGGGGAGCGAGUGCUGCCCACCAUGUCCUACACCAUCCUCAAACUGCACAAGAAGCACCUGAUGAAGCUGUCCAUGGAGGAGCUGGUGGAGUUCCUGCAGGUGACUUUGUCAAAAAAUUUCUUCUUCGAGGAUGACUUUGUGGUCGAUCAGCUGCAGGCGUCCAUGACGGAGCUCAGGAGGAUCAAGCUGGAGCUGCCCGCACCAGGUAAAGAGGAGGAGUUUCCCAAGAAGGUUCUGGGGCAGCUUCCCCCUGAGCUGGCGGUGGUGAACCACAUAGCCAACGGUCAAAGCCACGUCGAGCCGGCGGAGCCUCCCAGGGACCCGAGUCCUGUACCGGAGCGCCAGCGGGUGAGUCGCCCCCCAAGCCGGUCGCGCCGGGACUCGCUAGAGAAAUCGAUCCGCCACCACAAGGCCGACAAGAGGGAGGUGCGCUCCAGGGGAUCCGGGGAGAUCCCCAAUGAGCAGAGAAAGCAGUCCACCUCCACCACAAAUGAGAGGGGGGCAACAACGACCUCGGGCCCUCCACCGCAGCUCGUUACAGGGGACGGAGUGAGGCAUCAGGGCCACGCCAUCGCCUACCAGAACUCCAACGCGGCAUCCAGCUCUCGCAGGGAGAUCACCCCCCGGUGGUUCAAACCCUCCGAUACAAAGCUGGAGGCGGUCAAGGCGGCGGCCCGGGAGGUCAAGGCGAGCAGAGGGACGUCACCGGCCCCUUCCAGCCCAGAAGACAGCGCACUGUCACACCACCGGCCGGGCUCCAAGGGCUCCAGCCCCGACGCCAACCGCGGCUCCAACGCCUCCCAGUAUGACAACGUACCCGGGCUGCUCGAGCCGGAGUUCGAGAUCCUGGAGUUCGACAGAGCUCCGUCCAGAAUGAGGACCCCUCGCAGUGAGACGGCCUUCAGUGUGCCGUCCCUUCAUCCGGGAAGCCCCAGUCUGGCCGGGAGCGCCGCCUCUGUCGCAUCAGGGCCCAGGGGGGCCAAACACCCUCUCCCUCCUGCGUUUACCCACAACAGUCCAGGGGGGGUCCAUGCAAGCUACCCUGGCAGCCAGAGCCAGUACAGCACCCCUCCCCAGCAGCUCUCCCCGGGCAGAACUAUCACCGAAGGCCCCAUCUUACACCCCGCAUACAGCGUGGGCCUGGACCACAGAGGGGAGGAAAGACUCUAUGGUCCGUCCUCUCGGUUUACCCCACCCUCCGGGGAGCGAGCGUACGCCACCACCCAGCACCCGAGCAACAGAGACUCCCCGGAGAAGGCGCUCAUGAACAAUUCCUACACCACCUACCGCAGGCAGCCGCCGCCCCCGAGCUCCAACCGAAACGCCAGGCCUCCCCCGGAGCACUCCCAGCAUCUGGAAGCCCAGGGGAGCUCCACACCGAUCUACCUGCAACAGCUCACCUCCACCGCACAGGUCUACGGGUUUGAGGGGCAUCAGCGGGGCGAGGCGGUCCCGCACUACCUGCCAGAAGGCGGGCCCCGUCGGCCCGCGGACGGGCUCCCGUGGGCGUCGGAGGCUGCUCCGCCGCUCCUAUCUCCGGGCGGGGUGCCGCGUUCGCCCAGCUUCCAGCAAGCCCAAAUGUCUCCCGUUCAGGAGUUCACUUUCCCCCCGAACGCUGACGCCGCGCUCCACUACAGGACUCAGUUCCAGAAGCAACAGCCGCCCGUCAUGAAGCAACAGCUCCCCCAGCUGUUCGGAGGACCACACUACAGGCACGCACAGGAGGCGUUCGCCAUGCAGGAGUCCAUGCUGCUGUGAUUGGACGAUAGACAAACGUCAAGACACUGUAAAAAAAAAAAAAAAA